CUGGUGUGACAGUACGGUGCAAAGAGAUAACGUUUUAAUAAUAAAUCCGCAUACACGUGGACACCUUUAUACAGCCUUGGUGAACUCUGCCAUUGACCGCAGCAAACAACUCGUCCCUCCGUGCCACACAGCCUCCCCGCCAGCAUUUACUGCAAGUUGAAAAGCGUUGACACCGACGAUUCUGGCGCAAUAGCGGCUAAAACUUUGUGUUCGAUACUUGAAUCAACCAACAUAUUGUGAUGACCUAGCCAAUAGCAAAUGUAAUUAUUUGCAAUGCAGAUUCUUUACCAAUCAUAGCAUCAACCCUAAGUUAAAUUUGACUUAUAGGUUCCGUGAAGAACUCUCUCGAAUUGCUUGGAACGGUAUGCACCCGGGAACGUGCCGCUCAUGCUCGCGUCGUUGUGUCUAUGCAUGGGGCAUUUUGGGAUGCGGCUUUAUCACGGUACUAUCACACAGUACAGUAUCACAGCACUAUCAUACCUUCACAGUGUGAUAGUUUUUGGAUGAAAAGGCAGGACGCUGGGAACACGCAAGUGCUGCACAGCAGGCAUUUGCUGGCUGGUGGCCAGCCCACGCUCCUCCCAUGCUGCCUGGCCACUGGAUGCUGUCCGGCGUGCUGGUGCUGCUCGCGCCAGUCGUCUCCUUUAGCCUGGACCCGCUGUCCGUGGGCGCGUCGGUCGGCUUCAUAUACGGCUUGACGUAUGUCUGGGACGCCGUGCGCGACGCGCCCUUCGUGCGCCGGGUGGCCGAGACAAGGGCUGCUCGCGCCAUCGACUGUGCCGUGCGCGAGUGCUGCGCCGCGCCGUACGUGAUAAACGACAUGCAGGCGCUGCGAGCCAACCUCAGCACGCACCUGCACGGCCAGCACCUGGUCGGCGCGCUACUGCCCAAGGUCAUCGGCAACCACAUGGCCGGCGGGCACGCGCGCAAGCCCCUGGUGAUCAGUAUGCAUGGCACGACCGGCGUCGGCAAGAACUACGUCAGUCAGCUGGUGGCCGACAGCCUGUUCAAGAACGGCAUGCAAAGCCGGUUCGUGCAUCUGUUCGUCGGCAGCCUGGACUUUCCGUACUCGGACGAGGCCAGUGUGGAGCGGUACGCCACCAACCUGCGUCAGUGGGUGCUCGGCAACCUCUCCAGCUGCGAGCACAGUCUGUUCAUCUUCGACGAGGUGGACAAGAUCCCGGCCGGUGUGCUCUCUGGCAUCAAGCCGUACCUGGACUUCCACGGGGAGCUGCGCGGCGUGCGCAUUUCGCAGGCCAUCUUCCUCCUGCUCAGCAACACGGGCGGCAAGGCCGUCAACAAGCUGAUGCUGCAGCGCUGGAGCGCCGGCCUACGGCGCGAGGACACCGCCCUGGAGGACUUCCAGACGGUCGUGGCCGAGCGCGCCUUCAGCGAGCUGGGCGGCCUCUAUCGCUCGGACAUUGUCAGCGCCGCCCUGGUUGAUGUCUACCUGCCGUUUCUGCCGCUGGAGCGGCGCCACGUGCGCCUCUGCGUGCUGGACGAGCUGCGCCGCCGCCGCGUGACGCGUGGCAUCGCUGAGGCCGUCGAGCACGUGCUGCGCAAGGUGCGGUUCGACAGCGAGCAGCAGCUGUUUGCGAAGAGCGGCUGCAAGGACGUGGCCAACAAGGUGAACUUCGUGGUGGACCAUUCCAUGUUCGACGAGAUAUGAGCUGCGGGGCUGGCCGCGGUGGCGUCCGCGGUGGCAGGAACGCAUUGCCUUGUAUCGCGUGGUGGCAGUGCGCCGAAGCAAGUCCAGUGGUGAUGGUUGACUACGAGCCUUACCUUGAGUGGGGCUCAUAGCCUUGUCUACCGUGAGUGGUCGUGUGUACGUUACGGACACGUGAGCAUUUGCAGGCAUAUGAGGUUGAUGAAUUGUGUGGGAAGUUCGGCAGUCUGGGUACCUACACUCGCCGAACCUUAAUAGUGGUAUCUGGUCAUUGAUAUCGCCUGGCCACAGUGAGGGAUUGGCGCUAGUCAGUGACUUGUUAAAAGGUCCUCCUGCCCGGAUUCCACGCAUGUCUAACCCCCACGCGGUGUCUAUCAUGCCUAUUGGUAUUUGUUUUGCUCAUCUUGCUCUCUGAUGCAUCCGAAAGCCUCACUGUCGCUUGGAAGUAGCAGAAAGGCCAGGAUUGAAUUUUUUAUGUUCGUUGUCGCCCGUACCAUUCGUUUGUUGUUGCAGUGUCACCCACGCAGGCAUGCUCCCGUGUGUGGUUGUGAUUUCAAUGUCACGUUAGGAGGUAGCUUUUCUAUCCCUUCGUUGGGUUUUUGACGAUCUUGGUCGACUGUGAUACGGCUGCAUUACUCAGCGGGAAUAUACUGAGUUUGGCCAUGCCACUGGGUGUCAUGCAUGAUGCAGCUGCUUCUGGCUAUCUGAACUGAUCACGAGCACGGCCGUCUGUUGACCCGUGAUUAAACGCGUUCUAUUAGCCGAGAUGCAACGGCCGGGCAAUACACGGACACUGAGCA